GCUCCAGGCCGCCCGCAGCUCGGCGGAGAGAUGCCCCGCCGCCCCGCGCGGCCGCACGGCGACGCCGCGGCCGCCUCGGAGGCGCAGCUCCGCUUCGUGCUGGCGCCCUCCCUGCGGAGCCCAGGCGGGGGCCCCGGCGGCCCCGCCUGGGCCGAGGUGGCGCAGGGCCUCGCGCGCGCCGGCAUCGCGGACAGCCUCGCGCUGCGCCGAGCCGCCUGCCGGCGGCUGGCCAGGGCGCCCGACAGCGGCGCGGGGGAGGCCCCCGGCAACGGCGCGUGGCAGCUGCCGGGCGGCGAGGAGGAGCUGCUGGGGCUGCUACGGCGCAUCGCGAGCUUGGAGGCGCUGAUCGCGGUAGUCCACGCGCAGUUCGCGGAGCCCGCGCGGCGGCGGCAGGCCACGUCGGAGCUGCUGUCGGCAGGGGUCGGCUCGCUGGGCGCCAUGUCGGCGGGCUCGGGGUCGCCCAGCCCUGAGCUCUCGGGCGACCUGUGGCAGCACGGCGCUCUGGAGCAGCUCGCAGAAAGGGCCACGCGAGCCGAGGCCAGGCAGCAAUGCGUCUGGAGCCGCUGCGCCAUGGAGGAGUUUGGAGUCCGCCCGGUGCUGGUGACCGCGCCCCACAAUGCGUACCUGCUCAGGGACGGGCAGCAGGUGCACGUCCUGGAGGAGUACACCUCCUGGAUUGCGCGGGCGAUCGCCCGGGAGCUGACGGGCGCCACGAUCUGCUGGACCCAGCAGGCACAGUGGCACACCGAGAUGCUCCACGCGCUGGGCCAGCGGCGCAGGCUCCUGGGCAAGGCGCAGAGCGCCGGAGAGCUGCUGGACCCGCGGAACCGGGACCCGAACUACUUGCUCCCCAGCGAGCUGGCUGGCAACCCGUGGUUCCUGAAGCUGCGCGAGUGGGCGUCGCACGCGCCGCCGUCGCGGGCGCUGCACCUGGACGUCCACGGCUGCCGGGACCCUCCGAAGCACCCCGCGCACGCCAUGCUGGGGUUCGGCGCCAUGCGGCAGCAUGCGGAGCGGCUGCCAGAGCUGGAGCGCCGCGCUGGCCUCGACCGCGUGGGCGCUUUCGCGCGGGCCCUCGAGGGCGGCGUCGGCGCACUGCUGGCAGGCCUCCUGGGCGUGCCCCCGGGCGAGGCCGUGGUGAUCACCGGGCUGACGCAGGCGGUGGACGAGCUCGGGAACCCCGUCGCGACGCUGCAGGGGGCCUGGCCGCCAGGCGUCGGCAGGCUGACGCAGACCCAGCAGUCGGUGUCCUACGCGGGCGUUGGCCACGCGCUGCAGCUGGAGUUGAGCUGGACGCUGCGGCACGAGCUGGUCAAGGAUCCCGCAGCGCUGGCCCAGCUGGCAUGCACGAUAAGAGAUAUCUGGCUGCGCGUGAGCAGCGCCGGCACUUCCAUCUGA